AUGGUCGCCCUCAAGGCCGCAGCCGCCGUCACCCUCCUCUUCGCUCUGCAGGGCGCCCUCGCCGUGAGCCCAGCAGAGUCGUACAGCUCCUCCAAGGUCCGCUCCGCCAAGCACGAGCAGCGCCAGGCCGCGGCGAAGCCCCCCGUCCUCCAGGCGCAGCCCAGCCAGAUCCCGGACCCGACGCUGGCCGCCGGCAACGGCAACGGCAAGAACCAGCAGUUCAUCACCGGCCAGUGCACCGACUCGACCGACUGCGGCGCCCAGCAGUCCGACCUGACAAAGGUCUGCUGCGCCUCCGUCGUCGACCAGGCCUCGGGCAAGACCGUCGGUACCUGCUCCGGCUCCGCGGUCGGCAACGCCGCGCCCAAGCUCGGGUGCGGCUUUGGCGACGGCAAGGCUAACUCGGGCGCCGGCGCUGCUGCUGCUGCCCCCCAGGCCAGCGGUGGUGCUGCCGCCGCGGCCGGCGGUGCCCAGUCCGGCGGUUCCUCCACCAACGCCGCUGCCGGCUCCGCAAGCUCUGGCGCCGCGUCUGCUGGCGGCAACGCGGGUGGUGCUGCUGCGGCGUCCGGCGGGUCUUGCCCUCCUACCAGCACAAACGAUAGCCUCGGGCCCGGCAACGUUGGUGUUCCCGGCAAGCAGUUCGUCACCGGCCAGUGCACCAGUGACGGCAACUGCGCGUCAAACUGCUGUGUGCUCGGCGGCGGCAGCGACAAGUCCAUUGCUGUCUGCCGCAACGAGCCUGCCCUCAAGCCUACUGAGAAGUGCGGCUUUACGUGCACCGCCUAA